GCAGGACAAGCUUUGAGGACAGUCGUGAAAGAGUGGGCGGGCUGAAAGAUGCUGCGCCCGCUCUAGGAGGAGUCAUUGCUGUGAUGUGGAGAGGACAUGAUCGGCUGGGCUUCUUCAUGCCUGGCCUGAUGAGCAAGGUGCGAAUGCCACUGUGCUUUGCUCCCUACCUGGCCCAGUGCCACCAGCCGAGGACUUACAUUUCGGGAAUCUCCAUCAAGAGGACGGCUGCCUGCGAGCUCCGAUGGGAUCGCCUCCGGGCUCACCCCGAAGGAGCGAUCGCUGCCAUGUGA